AUGACCGACGAAGAAGACUCCUCUGGCACUGGCGUUCAAGUCUCCCCUCCCUCCGCAACUGGUAGCCACGACCAUUAUGAUCACUAUGACGUCGGUGGUGAUUGGGCCCAUCUGAGCUAUCCUGAUGAACUAAAACCCUCCGACUCUGCCUCCAGACCAAGAACUUCUAAUCGCCAUCACAAUCCUAACGCCGCCAGAUCGGGGCCCAGUCGUCGUCAUUCCACCCGCCAUCAUCUUCCGCCAGAACGGGAACCAGGAGCGCACCGGUCAAGGAGGCACCAUCACCCUCCCGCUCCCCCUUCGCCAGCGGAGAGUGAGGACUUUGGUGACGACUACGAGGAGGAGUACCCCCCGCCACGAGGUCCGCCCGAAAGACCAUACUGGGCUCCCCAUGCUCCCGCUCCGCCACCAGGGUAUGCCCGGAGUGCUGUUUCCGCGCCAUCAUACAAUCCAUACCCCCAAUACGGGAACGUGCCAUACGGACCCAUGCAGCCUGCGCACGCGGGGCAUCCUGGGAUUACGUCGAACCAAUUAGUGCAGUUGGGACACAUGGCACAGAUGGGCCAUAUGGGCCAUAUGGGUAGUAUAAAUGGGCACAUGGGCCAUUAUCCGCCAGGCCAGCCGCAAAAUUACCCUUAUGGACCAUCCCUCAGCAAAUUCCACAUCCACGAAAUCGCCAUGUUCACCACCAUCGCCGGACGCGGAGCCAAUCUCACCCUCCACCGCCACUACGGGAUGAAAGUGAAAGCCCCCCUCCCAGACCUCAUUAUGCCCAUACUGUGCACCCGGGACAUCCAAUUGCUCAAUUCCCACACUCUCCCCUUUGGCCCUGCGGAUAUGGUUCCUUACGCUGGCGGGCCCCAUGGAGGUCCCCACGUUGGUCCUCAUGUCCUUGGAGGCCCACAUGGAGGUCCUGGCUACUUCUCCCCAUACGGGCAUCACUUUCCCCUGCCCCCUGGCAUGAUUGCACCACAUUUCUUCCACCAGUUUCAGCGCCCACGGUCGCUAUCUCCGCCACCGCCAGCAAAAGAACCUUCUUCUCCACCCACUGCUCCAACCGUGCCGCCUCCACCACCCCAGCCGGAUUCCAAAGACGAAGCGAUCGCCCGGCUAGAGAAGCUUAUUCUCGAUGAACGAAUGGAACGGGAAGCCAAGGAAGCUGCCCGUGAAGCUGCUAUCGAAAAAGCUGCUCGUGAUAAGGCUGCUGCAGAGGAACGCGCAGCUAUAGAAAAAAAGAUCGCUGAAGAAGCCGCAGCCAAAGCAAGCAAAAUCGCAAGAGCAGAAGCUAUGAAAGAGGCGGAAGCGAAAGCCGCGGAAGAGGCUGUCAAGGCUAAAAUAGCUGCAGAGGAGGCUGCAGCACUGGCAGCCGCAGAAGCCGCGGAGAAGGCUACUAUUGAGGCCAAUGCUAAGACUGCAGAAGCCGUCGCCGCUGCCACUGCGGCUGCGCUCGCGCCUCCUGCUGAGAAGAAGAAGCCAAUUAAGUUCAAAGACGCUGUUGGAAGGAAGUUCAGUUUUCCUUUUCAUCUGUGCAACACCUGGCCGGGCAUGGAGGAUCUUAUCCGACAGGCAUUCCUCCACGUUGACAGAAUAGGACCUCAUGUCGCCGAAGGCCACUAUGAUCUGGUUGGCCCAAACGGUGACAUCAUUCUCCCACAAGUCUGGGAAACUGUAGUAGAACCGGAUUGGACCAUCACUAUGCACAUGUGGCCCCUUCCGGAAGAGCCCAAGACACCGGAUCCAUCCAUGGUACUAGAGGACGACCGUAACCUGGUUACCAUCGUGGAUCUGAAGCGUGCAGAGGCUGCAGGUGCGCCCCCUCCUCUCUAUCCCCCUGUUCCGCCGCCUCCUCCAGAUGUCGCGGCCUUCAUGGCUUCGGGUCUGCCGCCACAUCUAAUUCCGGAUCCAUUUGUUGACCUUCACCAUCCAAUUCCAGCGGAUGCGCAACCACCUCCACCGCCUCCCGGUCCAAAAAGACCGCGUCCCCGGGAUCUCCCUGCGGGAGCCUUUGCUAUGUGGAUGACGGGAAAUAGAGGCAAAUUAAACCGGGCUUUAAAAGCGGCAAAAAAGCCUGAAGUCAUCCCAUAG